AUGAAACAUUUAUUUAUUUUCGUUUUGGCGGUUUUGACACAUAGCGGCGCGCAAGGUGCUGAGGAUGUCUCAGACGAAACACGUAUAGUGGGGGGCACUAAUGCAGCAGAUGGGGAGUUUCCUUAUCAGGUUUCUUUAAGGCGGGGCGGAAGACAACAUUUCUGUGGUGGUUCAAUUAUAGCAUCUCGGUGGAUCCUCACAGCGGCACACUGCACAAUUAAAAAUAAAAAAGACGUCAAAGUAGUCGCUGGAACUAACAGUCUUUCAUCAGGCGGAGACACAUACGAGAUUGGUGAAAUCAUACAACACGAAAAGUACAAUGGUUCUUCUUUCGCAAACGACAUUAAGCUCUUGAAACUAACCAAGGAGAUCAAAUUCGGCAACAAAGUGGGUACUAUAAACUUACCAAGUAAGGAUACACCUGGCAAAGUCGAGUUGGUUGCGUCAGGAUGGGGAUACACUGACAAUCGCAGAACAGUACCAGACAAAUUGCAGAAGCUCACUGUUACAACGUUGAGCGUUAAGGAUUGUCAACAGAGUGAUUUAAAAAGAUAUCAUAACACAAACCCUAUUACAGAAAAACAAAUCUGUAUCUUUAAAAACAGUAGAACUGGUCUCUGCAACGGUGACUCGGGAGGCCCAAUCGCUGAUAAAAACACGCUCGUGGGCAUCGCUUCGUGGGCGAUACCGUGUGCCAGAGGCCGUCCCGACGUCCUCACUAGGGUUUACUCCUAUCUGGACUGGAUUGAGAAGAAUAUGAAAGACUAA